UUGAAACAUAAAUAAUUAACAUAACAAAUAUUUCAAUGUUAAAAAAUAAAGUCACAGAUUAGUGACGAUAAGUUUUAAAGGUUAUGGACGCGUAAUUUAUUACGACACUUAAUAUUUUGUCAUUCCGAAAUAAAUUACAAAAAAAAAAAUGUCUGUUAAAAAAUUCGUCUUGAUUCUACGUUCUAAGAGUAGUCGUGAAGAAAUCAUGCGCGCUCAAAAAAUAUUUUUAGAACUUCGUACUGCUAGUUCGGUUCAAUAUAGAAAGUUAACCGAGUUGGAAUACAUCGACGAAGAUGAAAAUUAUGUUCUGUUUAAUGAACUGAAGAAACCUAUCAAAGUUAAAAUACUGGCUAAUGAAGAUUCAGAAAAUGCUUUGUUGCCAUUGUGUAACAAACCAAAAAGACCAACAAUUCGAAAGCAUUUUUCGAACAGUCCAGUAAGUACGAAAGAGUCUAAAAAACAAGCGAAUGAAGAAACCGGAGAAGAGGGAUGUACUCAGGAAAAGAAAAGAUUAUCACAUACGAAAGAAAAAGUCAUAGAAGCAAGUGACGCGCUAUAUACAUCAGAUGCAGAGUGCUGAACUCCUUUUUUUCUGAUUUUGAUGUCGUUUUCAAAAUCCGAAGUUGUUUUUUCUUU